GCGCCUCACCUGUGCAAAGAGACUCGAUUCCUCAGUCGAGCGGGAUCAGGUGAGAAAUUCGCAUCGCGCCGCGGGAUAAAUCGCUGUUCUCGAGUCGGUGCUCCAUCACCGAUUCUAUCACGAAAAACUUUGUCGGUGAAACUUUGGCGAAAACUUCGGUGAAAUCGGUCAUUCCACAAAACGAGUCCCUCCUCCUUUUAUCGAUCGAUCGGAACAAUACGGAGAGAAACAAUCGCAACGAUGGAUCUUUUAUUCAGCGACUCGAUGUGCGGUUCGAUCGGAUUCGUUGCGUACGCACGUGCGAUAGGGCAUGUUUAAUGCAUGGAAAAAAAAAAAAAAAAAAAAAAAAAAAAGAGAAAAAUACGUCGAACGUUAUUUUAUCGAGAUUCCGAUUUCAGAUAUCGCCAUUCAGAUAUCGUGGAAUGUAAAUUUUCCAUACCGUGAAAUUCUUAUUUUCCUAAUUCUUGAUUGAAUUUUUGAACGCGUAAUUUUUUCGCGAAAGUAGAAGAGAAUCGAAUGGAAGAAUUCGUGAGAUAGAAAACCACACGGAUAUUUUUCGCGCGCACAAAAAAAAAAAAAAAGAAUCGGCAACGCGUAUCGGAUAACGAUCGAGAGGAAAACACGCGUAGAUUUGCAACGACCUUGAGCGACUCGACUCAGCGGGCGUUCGUAGGAAAGUGACGUCUUCGCGCGAGCACACGUUUCACAUAGGUGUUACCUCCACCAUGGAGCAGAGCGACGAGAUCGUGAUCGGGAUUGCGUAUAGGUGAGAGGCCUCACCGUCGGCAGGGUGUCCCGUUAGGGGACCUAGAAGGCCCACAAGGGGCCACAGCCAAUCGUAUCAACCUGGUUCCGACCACACCGGAACGUAUCCUCGCCCGAUGAGGAUCGGCUGCCAACCGGUCGGCCCGAUCGCUCAACCGGUAUCGUUUAUCUGUCCAAUUCACGCCCGUUUCUCGUCGUCCGCGUCUUUCGCUCGAAUAUCGACGAAUACCAACGCGCGGAAAAGUCGAAAUCGUUUCGUAGCGAGAAUGUGAACGCCAAUAUUUCGCUGAAACACUGCCAGACCGUUUGUCGCCUUGAGGACCUCGAGGGGUGUUCCAGCCAUGGGCCGCACGGGAUACACGUGCAUCAGGCACGUUUUCUGCUCCCUCAACGUUCUCAUCUGGUUAUGCGCUUGCGGAAUUUUGGGUGCAGGCCUCUGGCUCCGAUUGGCUUACUCCGGAUACACGACCUUGGUGCCGCACUACAGUUUCGCGUCAGCUGACUCGUUGCUGCUCGCCGCCGGAUGCGUGACCUUCGUAAUCGCCUUCUUCGGAUGCUGCGGCGCGUGGUUUCAAUCGAGAUGCAUGUUAAUCACGUACUUCGGUUUGGUGAUACUGAUGUUCCUGGGCGAGUUCAUGCUGGGCACCCUGGCCUUCAUCUUCAGGGAACAUCUAGCCAAGAGUUUGAAGGACGAGCUGCUGUUCGGCAUCGAGAAGCAUUACAACCUGACCAGGGAACCUGGAACUCUUCCCGCUAUAUGGGACCACAUACACACGGAGUUCCACUGCUGCGGCGUGCGGGAUUACACGGAUUGGUUCCGAAUCGACGCCUGGCCGACGGAGGACCGCGUGCCCGAUUCCUGUUGCGUGCAGAGAGAACGGUAUUGCGGUCGCCUCGACUCCGAGGGGCGUAACAAGGAGCUCUGGUACAAGGAAGGCUGCGCGACAGCUAUUCAAAUGUGGCUGGUGACCAGGCUGCACGUGGUCGGGACCGUUGGCCUCGUGGUGGCCUUCCUCCAGUUGUUCGGCCAAGUGGCCAGCAUGAUCCUCUUCUGCACCGUCAGGCACAAGAGGUCGUCCCACACGUACAAGAGUUACGAUACCACCAACACCUAGAAUUUCAGAUGGAUCUUAGACGAGACCAGCGUCUAAGAUCCAUCGAAACUUUAUAUACAUAUAUAUAUAUAUAUACACGCACAUGUAUAUCGCACGCCAAUGAUCGCGAUCUUCUUCGCCGCCGAUACGAAGAGGAUCUGGGAUCGUUGCCCCUGUAUGCCUCUCGGCCGAUAUCUCGAUCCCCCUGUAAAUUGUUUUCCUUCCCUUCUUGCGAAAAUGUACGCCCCUUUCUUCUUCUAGAAUUAGUAGAAAUCGAGUAGAAACGCGAGCGAAUUAUCGUUAAACUCGUCCACGAGCUUAGACGGUGGAACGAGACGAUUAAUAAGCAUGGCUUCUGAGAGACACGAGACGAGCCAUUAUUUUAAUGGGUCGUUAGACCCGAUAAGCGAUUCCGCCUUCAUCCAGCUGAAUAAUUUGACGAGCUUUUAACAAAAUAGGUCGGAUGUAAGUAAGAAUAAUAACGACGUACUCGCCGAGUUUGAUCGGUGGAACGAAUCUUGUAGAAGUAGAUAGUAAGUAGAGGAGAGAAUUUUAUAUAGUAGGAUACGAAUAUUUAUGUUACCUUGCAUGCGAACCUGUUUUAUUUACUAGAGAUAAGGUAAUCGCACACGAAUCAUACCAAAAUUAUUCGUUACGUACGACCAGGCGCUACGAAUCGCUUUGUCAAUAUUGUUCUUUUUUCCUUUUCUUCUCUUUUCUUUUUCCGUUCCGUUUCAACGGUUUUGCCUGGUCGUGCGAGCGCGAGCACAAUUUUUAUUUUUAUUCUCGUUAUCGUUUUAAAAUCGGAUCGACCCCACCCGUGGAAACACUACACAAUCCUCGUGGAUUUUUCUCUCGCCUAGCUUUAAAUCCUCGGGUGUGUCGAUCGUGCAUCGUGUACGUUUUUUUAUCGCGUAAUAAGUUGUCGAUAAAGUAGCGACACUUGACCGCCUAGUGUACGUUUGAAGAAGUGCGUGGUUUCGAACGCAGCCUGCCACGCUACGAGGUCGCGACGAUCGAGCUGCAUCGAGAUCGUAUCACGCGAGCCUCGUUGUGUACGUGUAACGUUCAGAUAAUAAAUAAUAUAUUUAUGAGACAA